UCGUGGCGACCAGGAUUGAUGCUAUCAUUCGUCAUUCUUACCGCUUGUGUUGCAGACGAGAGAGAGAUAUACCUGGUUUUAAUGGAGGGUGAUCCGGUUGCAUUUCAUCGAGGCCUGAUGACGACUACCGAAGCAGGAGGAAAACUUGACUCCCACAGUGAAGUUUCAAAGGCAUAUGCAAAGAAGUUGGUGGAUUCCCAUGACAAAAUUCUAAAGAGCACUCUGGAGACAGGAAGCUACAACAAGAUUUAUAGCUUCAAACACAUUGUUAAUGGCUUUGCAGUCCACACUUCCCCUUCUCAGGUUAAGAAAAUUAAGAGUGCCGCUGGAGUGAAAGUGGUGGAGAGAGAUAGGGGAGCCAAAAUGAUGACAAGUUACACCCCUCACUUCCUAGGGUUACCGGAGGAUGUUUGGACGCAGGAAGGAGGGGAGACAAAUGCAGGUGAAGGGAUCGUGAUCGGUUUCGUCGACACCGGAAUCAACCCUUUUCACCCCAGCUUUGCUUAUGACCCCGUAAACCCUUUCGCGUCGAAUUUUUCUCAUUUUUCCGGUGCUUGUGAAGAAGGUCCUCGAUUUCCAGAAAAUUCCUGCAAUGGCAAGAUAAUUUCUGCAAGGUUUUUCUCAGCUGGAGCUCAAGCAGUUGCUACUCUUAAUGCGUCAAUGGAUUUUCUCUCACCGUUUGAUGCAGUUGGACAUGGCAGCCAUGUUGCAUCAACUGCUGCUGGGAAUUGUGGAGUUCCUGUGGUCGUGAAUGGCUGCUACUACGGCCAAGCUAGCGGGAUGGCGCCAAGUGCCCGGAUCGCUGUUUACAAGGCUAUAUAUCCGAGCAUCGGGACUCUGGCAGAUGUGGUUGCGGCAAUUGAUCAAGCAACACUAGAAGGAGUGGACAUUUUGACACUGUCCGUUGGGCCAGAUGAGCCACCAGAAGACACAAUCACUUUCCUAAGCGUGUUUGAUAUAUUCAUGCUAUCUGCAAACAGGGCCGGAGUGUUUGUGGUUCAGGCCGCCGGCAACCACGGUCCGAGCCCAUACAGCGUGGUGUCUUAUAGCCCUUGGGCCGUCGGCGUAGCUGCUUGCAGCACAGACAGGAUUUACCCUGCUUCUCUCAUUCUUGGCAAUGGCCUCAAAGUUGGUGGGGUGGGAUUAUCAGGACCAACUUUUGGAGAUGGAUUGUAUAAAUAUAAGCUGGUGCUGGCCAAAGAUGCAGUCAAGGCAGACGGCUCAUUCCCCAAAACACCCCCAUACACAGAAGAAUGCCAAUAUCCAGAGGCACUGGAUCCUCUUAUUGUUCAAGGCAGUGUAGUGAUCUGCAAUUUCUCAGAAGGCUUUUACAAUGGGACUUCUUCAGUCACAGCCAUCAUCGACACGGCUCAAGUCCUUGGAUUCAUGGGCUUUUUGCUAGUGGCAAACCCGGCUUAUGGCGAUUUUAUUGCGGAGCCCAUUCCAUUCCCUGUUCCUGGCAUUAUGAUUCCAAGAACAAGUGAUUCUAAGAUAAUAUCAGAGUACUAUGAGGAGAAUGUACGUAGAGACAAACGGGGAGAGGUGACCAAAUAUGGAGGAAGUGCAGCCAUAUGUGAUGGAAGAAUUGCUUCUUACAUGGGAAGAGCUCCUAUAGUGAACAGAUUCUCUUCAAGGGGUCCUGACUUCAUAGACCAUGAUAGGAAUCCAACAGAUGUGUUGAAGCCUGAUAUUUUGGCACCAGGCCACCAGAUUUGGGCUGCUUGGAGUCCCAUCAGUGUUCUGGAGCCCAUUCUAUUUGGAAACAACUUUGGUAUGUUGUCCGGUACAAGCAUGGCAACACCUCAUAUCGCCGGUGUAGCAGCCCUCAUCAAGCAAAACAACCCGUCGUGGACGCCCUCGAUGAUUGCUUCAGCAAUGUCAACAACUGCAAGGAAGUGUGACAACAAUGGGGAUCCCAUUGUGGCUGAAGGUUCUGAUCUCUACAGCUUAUACACCGCCACUCCUUUUGAUUUCGGGGCUGGUCUCGUCAACCCGUCCCGUGCCUUGGAUCCAGGCCUCGUCUUCUCAUCAGGAUAUGAGGACUAUAUCAACUUCUUGUGCUCUCUGCCAAACACUGAUCCAGCAACAAUCAAGACGGCAACUGGUGGAUCAUGCAACAGCCCCUUUAGCCACCCAUCCGAUCUCAACAUCCCUUCGAUCACAAUAUCAGCGCUGAGUGGGUCCCGGUUAGUGAGAAGAAGAGUGAAGAACAUCGCGAACAAGACUGAGACGUACUCAUGCGCGGUACAAGAGCCGAAAGGGGUGAGAGUCGAGUUGAAUCCGUCUUGGUUCACGAUUGCUCCAGAGGGGAGUCAAGACUUGGAAAUAGGACUCAAUGUGACACAAAACAUAGAUGACUUCGACUUUGGCGAGAUUGUGUUGACAGGGAGUUUGAAUCACAUUGUGAGAAUACCUCUGUCGAUUUAUCCGGUUUCCACAUGAGGAAUGACAAGUUUUUCUGCCUCGACUCCUGGAUAAAGAACAGGAAAGGAGGGUCUACUAGUAUAGUCAACAAAGCUUGUAGACAACCUCUAUUAACAGAAGUAAAAUGUUUGGUACGUUAUAGAAAGGCAGACAGUUAUUGCUGCUUUCU